AUGGAUCAUGAAAUAUUUGUGGCUGAAAAUAACAUGCUGGAAAUGGAGAGGUCCACUGUGAAGCUAUGCUGGGAAAGAGAAGAGAAACUUGAAGAGCUUAAAAUCCAGAAGAAUGAAUUCAUACCAGGUCAAUGGAAUGUAGGAUCUGUCAUGCUUGGAGGUUUGGGGAAGGAUCCCGAAAUUGAGAUUGAUAUUGAUGAUUCAGAGAGCCUUUCUCAGGAUGCAUUUCAAGGUAUGAUCCGGAGAACACACUCCAGGGCUGUGAGUAGGAAUACAUCACGUAAUACUCUCACCCCUCGAGGGGGUAGUUCACUGAGGCAGAGCCAGCAUUCUCUGCUGCAAUCCAGAGGUACAUACCGGACUCCAAGUAGAGCAUCUCUUACAUCUCGCACUGAAACAGGGAAACUAACCAAACAGAAGGAAACCACACAGAAUAAACUUGAACAUAUCUGGAACUCACUUCUGAUGCCUGAGAAUCUAAGACUAGACAUGGCUAUCAAAUACAGCUCAGAUGAAUAUAUACCAUUACUUGAAGAUAUUGAACAAAUAUGGUACGUAAUGGAUGAAUAUCAUGCAUCAGUUAAUACAUCUCGCCAGUAUCCGGAGGGGUAG